AUGUCAUUGUUAACUGGUUCAGGCUUUAGACCACGUGCACGACAGGAUAGGGAUAAGAAUCACGUGCGUCCACAUCCACAUCCACGUACACAACAACAACAACAACAACAACGUUUUACAAACGCUAAUACGUCUUCAGCAUCUGCAGUCAGUGACAACCAGCUACAACAUCAGACUGCAGCGUUGCAUACUUACGAUCAUAUCACGUUUGAGCAGACGACAUGUGAGCAACAAACGCCGCACGUGCUACUUAAGACAGCGAUAUCUCCCGUAACAAGCGGUAUCAUUUCAGCAGAUACUAACAUUCUUUUCGAUGAGGGUUCUCAAAGAUCAUUUAUCACGAGAGAGCAUGCAGACAAACUUAGACUUACAUCCACGGGAACUGACACUUUGCACUUGGCGAGUUUUGGAAAUUCGAAGAAUGAAGUGCGCCACCUAGACACUGCCACAGUGUUUUUGAUUACGUCAACCAAAGAGAAAAUACCGAUUAAUGUGCUGAUAGUACCAACUAUAGCAGUACCGUUUCAGAAAUACAACAAAAAUGUUUCCCACUUACAGCACUUAAAAGGUCUCAAAUUAGCGCAUCCGCUGACAGAAGACACAACGUUCGAGGUUCAACUUCUCAUUGGUGCAGAUUACUAUUGGAGAAUCGUUGAAGACAAAAUCAUUCGAGGUCCAGGACCUACAGCAGUCGCUUCCAAGAUUGGCUAUCUUCUGUCCGGUCCCGUCCCUUUUCAUGCGUCAUCUAGCAGAGCCACGACUGGUUUAACAUUGAAUGUUAUUACGCAGUCACCCAAAGAUAUUGACCUAGAAAAUUUUUGGAAACUUGAGAGCCUUGGUAUUCAACAGAAUGAAGAUGAAAUCACAGAGAGGAGUUACAUGACAGAGUAUCAAGACACGUCAAUUACGUUUACUGGUGACAUGUAUGCAGCGAAAUUACCCUGGAAAUUAGACCACCCCGCCCUUCCCACUAACUACGGCAUCGUGAAACACCGAACUGAGACAUUGGUCAGUAGAUUACGUCAAGACCCUGUGACAUUGAAACAUUAUGGAGAUAUUAUCAGGGAUCAAGAAAGCAGAGGUUUCAUAGAAGAAGUUCCAGAUACAGACCAACCCCACAACUGUGUCCACUACAUUCCACAUCACGCUGUGAUGAAAGAAUCAUCUACAACACCUGUACGCAUUGUCUACGACUGUAGUUGUCGCAUGUCACGGAAUCAUCCGAGUUUGAACGAUUGUUUGCAGUCGGCACCCCCAGAGCUCAACGAUUGUACAGCCAUACUAGUCAGAUUCAGACUCAAACAGUACGCCGUAGUCUCCGACAUAGAGAAGGCUUUUCUUCACAUUGGAUUACACGAAAAUGACCGAGACAUGACGAGAUUUCUUUGGCUUUCAUACCCAACCAAUCCAGAGAGUGCACUAAAGACAUAUCGGUUUAAAUCUGUACUUUUUGGCGCGGUAUGUUCUCCAUUCAUUUUGAACGCAACACUCUUGAAACAUCUACAGAGAAACGCAAAUACAUGGGUCAGUAAUAGACUACAGAGUGACUUAUAUGUAGACAACUUCUUAUCCAGCCUUGACAAAGAAACAGAUGUCAUCAGUUACUUCCAUCAAUCACGUGAUCUCAUGUCAGAAGCAGGAUUCACACUUAGGUCAUGGAAUUCUAACAGUCACAAACUGAGAGAUACAGCGAGACAACUUAACGUUCUAGACAAAGACGAAGUAACCAAACUAUUAGGAUUGCGCUUGGAACCAGAGACAGAUAUCAUGACAUACCCAGAAAGACCAAUAGAGACAACCGCAAUUACGACCAAGAGAUACAUACUGCAGAGCACAUCCCGGAUUUACGAUCCACUUGGUUUUCUAACCCAAAUUACAGUGAAAGCCAAGAUACUUCUUCAAGAUAUUUGGAAAGACAAGUUCGAUUGGGACACAAUGCUACCAAGAUCCUACCAACAGAGGUGGUUACAGAUAGCAACAGACUUGAACACAGCAAUGAAGACCCAAUUCCAGAGAUAUUACUUUGCCGAAACAGACGACAAUCAAGAUGCAGCAGACGACGCAAAACUUCAUAUAUUCGUCGACGCAAGCACUCAGUCUUACGGUGCAACAGCUUAUAUUUGCAGAAGAAAUCACUCAUCAUUAGUAAUGGCUAAGAACAGAGUCGCACCAUUGAAACCCCUCACCCUACCAAAACUUGAACUUAUGGCGGCUGUCAUAGGAGCUCGACUUUCCCAACAUCUACGAAAAGCACUAGGAAUACACAAGAUAGAUUACUGGUCAGAUAGCCAGAUUGUUUUACACUGGUUGAGUAACCCGGAAAAAACCAACCGAUUUAUACGGAGACGAGUUGAAGAAAUAAAAAAUCAGACCGGAACCGGAAGUUGGCGAUAUUGUCCCACACAGAACAAUCCCGCAGAUCUGCUUACCCGUGGAAUAUCGGCAAGCCAAUACCAAGACAACAAACUAUGGUUUACAGGUCCGCCUUGGUUAACCGACGAGAUAAACUGGCCAAAAUGUAAAGUUCGAGACACCACUGUGCUAUCUACAAUACAACCCAAAGAUGACCAGCAUACCCGUAUUUCGCGACAACCAACACCCCAGAUUCCAGAUAAGAUUGACGUAAGCAGAUUCAACAAUCUUCAGAAGCUACUUCGAGUUACGGCCUACGUCCGGAGAUUUAUUGACAACUGUAGAACACAACACCAAGAUAGAUUGGUUGAUGCUAUCACUGUUACGGAGCUAAGAGAAGCAGAAAUGAACUUGAUUCGACAGUGUCAGUUUACAGUCUACAAUGAAGUUAUUGAAAACCUUCGAUCUGGAAAAUCACGACUACCGCUGGUACGACAAUUACGACUUUACAUUGAUAGAGAAGGCUACAUCAGAUGUGGAGGUCGUAUACACAAUGCACCCCUUGAUGAAUACACCCGAUUUCCCAUCUUAUUACCAGCGAAACACCCACUUACGCGACUUAUCGUACUUGAUGCACACCAGAAACAGCUGCAUUCGGGUAUCAGUGCAACUAUAUGCCACUUACGACAACGUUAUUGGAUACCGACGAUACGACAAUGUGUCAAAUCUCUACUACGGAGAUGUAUAAUAUGUCGGAAGAUAAACUCACCACCUUACAGUGCUCCAGACCCACCACCGUUACCAGCUUACAGAGUAGAAAGUUCGCCACCAUUUACAAUCACAGGGGUCGACUACAGUGGUGCGCUGUUUGUGAAGUCAGAAACCGGAAGAGAAUCGAAAGCUUACGUAUGUUUGUUUACCUGUGCAGCUACCAGAGCUAUUCACCUUGAACUUGUGCAUGACCUCACCGAAAAAUCAUUUAUACAAGCCUUUAGACGCUUUGUCAGCAGACGUUCACUACCUAGAAUGAUCAUAUCAGACAACGCUGCGACAUUCCACGCAGCAUCUAACACAUUGAAGACCAUGUUCCAGUCCCAAACCUUGAGAAAUCACAUAAACAGAUCCGGAACCGAGUGGAAAUUCAUUCCAACUCGAGCACCAUGGUUUGGAGGAUGGUGGGAGAGAAUGGUUGGGCUCGUAAAGACAUCCCUAAAGAAAGUGUUAGGUCGAGCAUUCGUUACCUUUGAGGCGUUACAGACGACACUUACUGAGGUAGAAGCUAUCCUCAACGACAGACCUCUCACAUACGUCACAUCAGAAAACACAGAUCCAGAGCCGAUUACCCCAUCACACUUAUUAACUGGACGGAGAAUUACAGCGAUAUCAGAUGCGACAGAUCCUAGCACCAUAAUCAGCAAUCAACAAAUAAUAACCAAACGAGUUCGAGUCCAGCGUGAGCUGAUUCAUCGUUGGUGGGCGAGAUGGAAGUCAGAUUACCUCACAUCACUACGUGAACGUCAUACACAAAGUGGUCGUAACGAGCAGACGAUACGUAUUGGAGAUGUCGUGCAGGUGCACGAUGACAGUUCUCGGUUGCUAUGGAAACUGGCUGUGGUGGAGGAACUUGUACCCGGACGAGACGGACUGAUCAGGGUAGCAAAAAUCCGUACCGGAAGUGGGCAUACUACCAGACCAAUCGUAAGACUUUACCCUUUGGAGAUCAAUGAAAACGAGAGACUUUAA